AGUUGACACCAGACUCACAGCCUCUCUAUAUCCUCAUAUCAAGAACAUCUGUGAUUCCCUAAAAGAGAGGUCCAAGAGAGCUCUCCCACUGAGAGAGAAUGAUGCCGACCAACCCAGGGAGCUCGGCUGAUGCUCAUGGAAGUCUUCUAUGGUCAAUAUCAGCCCUGGUGAUUCUGAUCCCAUAUGUCGGAUCGUGCAAUUUUUUCUACACUGAAGAGCUGCCUUUGGCUACAGUGACUGUAGAGCCCCAGAGUCCUGUGUUCACUGGAGAGACGGUCACUCUGAAGUGUGUGAUAGCGUCUCACAGUGACUGGACAUAUAAUUGGUAUAAGGAGCCCAGCAGCGUCCCAGUGUCUGUGGGAAACACCAUUACCAUCAAUGUAGCUACUAAGUUUCAUAUGGGCCAGUACUGGUGUCAGGGGGAGAGGACAGACAGACCCACAACAUCACAACCAAGCGAGAAAACAACUCUUGAUGUCAAAGAGUCGCCUUUGGCUACAGUGACUGUAGAGCCCCAGAGUCCUGUGUUCACUGGAGAGACGGUCUCUCUGAAGUGUGUGAUAGCGUCUCUCAGUGACUGGACAUAUAAGUGGUAUAAGGGGUCCAGCAGAACCCCAGUGUCUGAGGGAAACACCAUUACCAUCAAUGGAGCUACUGAGUCUCAUAAGGGCCAGUACUGGUGUCAGGGGGAGAGGAGAGACAGACCCACAUCAUCAGAACCAAGCGGGAAAACAACUCUUGAUAUCAAAGAGCUGCCUUUGGCUACAGUGACUGUAGAACCCAAGAGUCCUGUGUUCACUGGAGAGACGGUCACUCUAAAG